CGGGCCAGCGCCGCGGUUGCCGGCUGCCCGCCAUCCAGUCUGCCCUGCCCGCCAGCCCGGGUGGGCGGGGGUCCGAGCAGCGAGCCAGGGCUGCGGGCCGCGCGGUGCUGCCCCCUGCGGGCCGGCAGCGGCGCGGGCGGAGCCACCGGGCCGGCGGCGGGUGGAGGCUGCGCGGCCUGCGGAGGGGCCGCCACCCGGCGCGGCAGCGGCGCUCGGCCUCCGGGACACGGUCCUGAGGAGGGAAGGAGGGAAGGAAGGAGGGAGGCCGCGCGUCGCCGGAGAGGCGGCAGCACUCGCGCGUGGGUGGCUGGAUGCCCAAGGAAAUGGGGUUUGUUGGUGCGGGUGGCGGGCGCUGCUGUCUCGUGGACGCCAUCGGGCUGCUCGACCCGUCUGGACUGCGGGGCUGUUGUCCAGGUUUGUCAUCUUGGUCUUCUUCCCGAGGAAAAGAAGCUUUCGGUGCUACAAGUUGAUUGAAUAAUAUUAAGCACAUGGAGUAUAAUAUGGAUGCAGUUCCUUGAGCACCGUUUCUUCCAGAGUAUAUCUUCUGAAGACUGUUGGCCUGAGUGAUUGAUAAGCACCAUACACAAGACUAAUACCAAGAACAGAUUUCGUCUGUUGCUUCUGUGGUUGGCAGAACUGAUGCAGAGUCACGUCUUCUGAAAUGCAGUUGAAAAAAAUGAGGGAAAUUUUACCAACGUUGUACCCUGGCCAAGUUAAUGAUAAAAAUAAUUCCUUAACAACAUCCCCGAAGCAAUCUUCUGAGGAUAAACCAAAUCCAUCAAAAGGGGAUGAUGACCAAAACUGCUGUUACCAAGGGACUGAGGCUGAGAAUAGUAAGUUGACACUGAUAAGCUGUAUAAAAUGCAGAAGUGUUCAGAAAAUUUCAAUGCAAGAUAUAGAAAAGCAUAAGAAUCUUGGGUGGACUGAAGACAAAAAUUUUAUCUGCAAGAAGUGUAGUCAUAUUACAUCACCAGCUUUCCAGUUUGUUCCUGAGGGUGCCAGUGCUGUAGACUUUGAAAAACGUGGAAAAAAAUCCCCAAGUAAAACCCAGAAAACAUUUAAAGUUAAAAACUUUCUGCCAGGUAAAUACUACUGUGAUAAAUGUAGAUUUUCUACAAAGGAUCCUUUGCAGUAUAAAAAGCAUGUAGGUCAACAUGAAGAAAUUAAAUUUAUUUGUUCCCACUGUAGUUAUAUAUCCUACACAAAAGGAGAAUUCCAGAGACAUUUGGUGAAACAUACUGGAACUUUUCCGUAUCAGUGUGAAUACUGUGAAUAUGGUGCUGUUAGACAUGACUAUAUAGUGAAACACACAAGAAGAGUACAUGAAACACCCACAAAACGGCUGUCAAAUACUACCACAAACCACAAACAAAAGAAGUCUUGCUUGCCGAGUCAAAGCACUUUAUUUGAAAAGCAGAAAUAUGAUAAAAUUCCUUAUCAGAAUAAACUUUCAAGUUCUUCAAAUAUGGUUUGUGAGAUUCCAGAUAAAGUAGCUAAGCCAGUCUCUUUGUCUCAUGAUGUAGAAUGUAACGUAAAUACAGCAUCAGUCCAGGAUAAAACGAUAUUGCAGCCGUCUGAAAUAAGUGUAUGUGAGAAUCAAAGUGUGGAAGUUGAGGUUUAUUCACCAAAAACGGAGCCUUUACAACCUGGGAUGCCUUUAACAGUAAUUGCACCGUCUGAACUUGUAGUUCCUUCUAACUGUUUAGCUCAGAUAGUAGAGAUUAAAAUAGUGAAUGGAGCACAACAGCUGGUUCUCAAAUUAAUUCCUGUGAAAGAAGCAACUUACAAACCUGCAAAUGGUGCUGAAGAGGAGCUUGAGAAUCAACGUAUAGAACAAUUUGUGGAAGGAAAAAAGACAUCUUCUGUGUCUCAAAAUGAGUUGCUAACCAUGGAAGUGAAUGUAGACAAAUUAUCCAGUGUUAGUAACCAGUGUAAUGUGGAUGGUAUGUAUGACAAGAAUUCUGAAUGUCUUUGUUCUUCUGAUUCUCAGCUCUCGGACUGUAACUCUGUAUCUAUACAGAGGGAUGAUGCGUCAAAAUUAUGCUUUCAUUUGGUGAAAGGUAUUGAUGUCCGUUCAGGUGUUAUAGAACUUUGUUCUCAAUCUCUGGUGAUGAAUAGUACUGAAAAAAAAAGUGAUCUGAAAUCCUCAAGGUGUGAAGUAGAUGGAAAAAAUAGCUUGCAUUAUGACUUACAUCAUUAUGAAGAAGCUGUGGAUAUACCCCCUCCAAAAUAUGCUGCUAUUUCCGAAGAUAUAAGUUCCAAGAACAUUUCAGUAGAGGCUGCUCAGGAGGGCAAAAAUUCCCCUUCUGCUGCAGUCCUUAAACAAAAGGAUACAUUGCCUCUAAAGAGGGAUGCUAAAGAAUGUAGGAGCCUGCCAGUUAGCUCUACAGAAACGCAUUCAGUUGGUAAGAGUUUUGAUAAAAAAUCUGUUACAUCUUCUGAAGCAGGAAAAAACUUUAAUGUCACCAAAACUCCACCUUGCGAGGCCACGACUUUUGACUUCAGCAAAGUAAAGAGAGCUGAAACCGUAAGUCAAAAGAAUAAUCAUCUUCUGGAUUCAUUAGAACUACAGAAGAUGGAAAAUAAAGGCAACCCCUUUGAGGGACCUAUUAUUUCAUCUGUAUUUUCUCUUAGCUCUGGGGCUGAAAAUGUUCCAGAGGGUGUCAGAUGGGAUGACACAACUUGCAGUAAGAAGACAGCGACGUUGCUGUGUAGAAAGAUUGCUCAGCUCAUGUCUGCUGCUGAAUCCAACAUGAAAUCCAUGCCUUUGAGAUGUCACGCUUCGAGUAAAAAGGUGCUUUACCCUCAAGAAAAUUCAGCAAGCUGUGAGAGGGUCGUUUAUGCCGCAGAAGUGGAGCAGCCUGAAUCCUUGUCUCAAGUGCAUGGUGAAAACUGUGUGAUUAGUAGUGAAGAACAUAGUGAAGAGCAGCUGCUUACAUUUGCAAGAACAUCUAAAAGCAGGGUAACUAAAAAUGCCCAUGUUGCUACUCCAGUGUUCAUCCCCAAAGGGACAGUACUGAGAGUGCUGAAUGCUACUAGCAGUCAAAACUCAAAUGGACUAGAAAACAGGAGUGAAACACCAGCUCCUUCUGUGUAUUGCAAUGAAAUGUUUCUGCCUCGCCCAGUUCCUGUGAGUGUUUCUGAGACACUUGGCAGUAAUUUGCCGUGUUUGCAUGAUCAGAGCGAACUGACUGCACAGCCCCGAGUUAUAUCACUCAGGCAAAGACCAAAGCGAGAGGCAAGUGUUAAAAAUAAUACCAAACAAACUGGUGUACUGUUUCAGAAAAGCAGUAGUGUGAGUAAGCAAAGCAAACCUUAUUCAAAAAGUCAACCAGGUCCCAAAAAAAAGGUGAAACGAGUGGGUACCAGGGAACUUCCUAAGAGGAAAGCAAGGACUCGGUCAGACACCAGUUCAAGUUCUGACAUGUCCUAUCUGUUGACAGCAAGACGUCUUCGACUUGUCCCUCUGAGAAUGAACCAGCUGAUAAAGUGCCCUCGUCGUAACCAGCCAGUUGUGGUACUAAACCAUCCCGAUGUUGACUCACCAGAAAUAAUUAAUGUCAUGAAGACUAUUAACAAGUAUAAAGGUCAAGUCCUGAAAGUAGUUCUAUCAGAAAGGACAAGUAGGUGUCUUGGUGCCAGACGUUAUCGAAACCGUCUUACUCUUCAAAAUGGUGAGACAGGAAGUCAAGUGAAAAAGGAGAAUAUGCUAAAAAUGAAACUAAAAAAGACCCAUAAAAACAACUACCAGGUGGUGGAAACUUCAUCAGCUGAAACACUUCAGUGUAUGUUUAAGUGUUGGUUUUGUGGAAGAGUAUAUAUGGACCAAGAAGAAUGGGAGAAAGCAGCAGGCUGCUUCAGGGAAAAGGGGAGCAUGUCUAAGCCCUGGGAAUGCAGUAUGACCUGUAAAAGUUUGUGGUGGCAAGUGUGAUAAGAGAUUUUGAAAAGAUGAAGCAACUAUAAGUCAUGACGAACUUCAUGCUGUCGAAAGUUACCCUUCAGUAGCAGUACAUAAUACUUUACACUGCAAGUUUCUUUGUACCUUUUUAAAUGUACCUUUUUUCUUAUUGAGUUAAUGGAGAAAGUUGCUAUGAAAUCCCUUUGGAGUAUGGAACAAGAAAGGUCUCAGCAGGGUUUUACUUUCAUUCUCUGCUGUUCAAAACAAUGAUAUCAUCCAGGCCCGUUCUGAAAAUUAUAAAGGUGUGGUUUGAGAGUCCUGAAUUGAUCAAACAGCAAUGGAAAGCUAUCCAAGGUAUUUAUCCUCUUACGUCCUGGUGGGAGUCGCUUAGUCUUGCCAUUCUGCUGGUUAACAGUUUUAACUAGUUCUCUUAGCUGUGUGUAGCUUGUAAACUCUAAUCAUGCCACUAAAUUGUCACCACACCACUGUUGCUCCUCCUGAGCCAUUCUUGACUCACUGGUAUUAAAUCUCUAGAGCUGUACACAGUGAUGCAAGUUUGCUGUGACAUUAAUACUUAUCCUGUAUCUACAUUAUAUCACAUUUACCAAAAGCAUCGAAAUUCGUUGUGUGUGUGGUGGUAUCUCAUGGUAGUCUCUGUCACCUCCACCUGAUUCACACCUAGUUGAUAACAAGAAUCUGAUUAAAUCGGUGAUUUGGUGUAACUGCUCCUGUAUUAUUUUAAGAUGAAAACUAUUUGAUCUCAAACCCAGUGUGCUAAUUUUUGAAGGUUUAUUUUGUUAACUUAUAUACAUUUUUCCACUUUGCCUUUUGGUCUUUGCCUUAUGUUCAAGGUCACUAUUGCUACUAGAAGACUAGGCAAAGCUUGUUUGUAUUUUAUGUCAUAUGAAAGUAAUCCUGACUUUUUUUAAUUCUAAAUUUAUUCUUUAUCAGCACCAGUUUUUUGUUGUUGUUGUUGUCUAAUGUUUGUUAAUGGUUGGAAAGUUUAAAAGUCUUACUGUAGUUGUUAUUAUGCUUUGGAACGUUAACUUCGCUUCACUUGGCUAACGUCAUAUUACAUUCAUCACUGUACCUAUUAGCUGUAGCUUUUCGGUAAUGGGGCAAAAAUGUCUCAGUUGUUACUUAGAUUUUUUUUUUUUUUUCCAUAUUUUAUUUCAUCCUGUACUCCUAUUUGAGUUAGUGGGAUUUAAAAUAUUGACCUCUGAGUUUCUUCAUGGCUGCUAGAACAUGAAAUUGACUUGGACAUUGUACCACCGAUGAUUCAGAACUCUGUCUUUGGCCUUUCUAAUGGAACCUCGCAGUUUGUUAGGUGUAAAGUCACCUAAGGACUUAAAGAUGAAGAAAAUUCAGUACUGCAGAAUUGUUCAUUUCCCUUCAAUGUCUGAAGAGACUCAAACUGAUCUCUGCUGUCCUAGGAAUGUCCUGCCUCCUGGUUUCCAGACUGUUCUGGGAGACGGGAAUAGGGUCUCAAGGAUUGCUCAUGAAAGCUGUAGUUAUUAGUUGCCUUGGGGUGGUGGUGGGACUCUGGACUGUGUCACAUAUCCUCAGGGAGACCAGUUUGUCCUUGAACUGUCAUUCAAGCCGUGGACAAGAUGUUUACCUUGUAGACAUCUCUCAGUUGAAUGUACUAGCAUCCCCUGACGGGUGUUCACUGUGCCCGUUUUCCUGGUGGCAACUUUUGAUGUGACACUGUCAGUGGGAGUGCUCCCUCAUCUACUCUUAAUGAGUCAGACCAGUUUAACGGCUGAUGAAGGUACUUGGAUCUGAUCCAUUUGUCUCACUUGGAAAUGAACUGAGUUGAAUUGAUGUGACUUGUAUGACCAACAAUUUGAAAAUAAAAGUAGCAGCAAAUAGUGAUAAGGAGUGGUGAGGAUGGAGAAAAGAUCUCUGGCCACAACAGUGAGAUCCAGAGGUAUGUGUUGGGCCACGCUCUAAGCUUCUAUGUAAAACACACACUGAGCUGAAGAGGAGUCAACUCCUGCCUUUUAGUUACUACGUUGUGAGUUGAGUCCACUACUGCAGACGUACUAAAAGCUUGGAUUUUGUGUGUGACAGAUCUAGUUUUGCAAUGGUGAUAAGAAAAAUACUUAAUUUUUGUGUCACGAUCAGCUUUAAAUGUGAGCAAGUUUUUUUUGAUUUUUUUUAGUUUUCAAAAGAACUGUUUAUAUGAAAAGCAGCAGCAUUACAGGUAUCUCUGAAUCUUUAAUACUGAAACUGACUGGGAAGGCAACAGCCAAGUAAAGGGUGCUCAGAACAGCAGUUUUGAAUGUAAAUGCCUAAAUUUCUCGUGUGUCCUAUUGGGGGUCUGGUCUUUAUAGCUUUAUGUGAUUUGGCCUUUAGUGAGCCUAGUGUAGUAUAUGAAAUAUGUAUGUGGAUAUGAACAUCUGUGGCUAAAUUGCUAGUGAAAGAUACAGCUCUACUAACAGUUAAUGUGCUUUUUUUGUCAUGUUGACGUAGAAGUGACAAUUUUUAAAAAUAGAUAUAUGGUGAUCAAUGCAUUUUUCCCAUCUUAUGGCUUUUAAGGGCUAUAUGAGAGCUAAUGAUGCCCUCAGAAAAGCUGAAUUAAAUACAUUUUAAAAAUUGUUAAUAAAAAGUCUUUUUUGGAUCAUACAAAGUGUUAACACCUUGUAAACUGCGUAUGAAAAAUCAAGAGUUGCAAUAGGAUAGUGAAAACUAUGAAUAAUGAUGUGUAAGAAAAAAAUAAGUUUUUAAUGGAUGGAAAAAGAUUAAUCCAGAAGUGAAACAUGCUGCAGAAAAUCAGUAAGAUUGAAACUUUGAAUAAAAUGAACAAGUGGGUAGAAAUAUUAAUAGGUCCGCACCUGUUUGUUGUUUAAGUUGUUUUCUCUUUAGCGUGUGAAGAAGAAAUAAUCAGCUAAUGUAGACAAAGCAGCUGGCCUGUCUGCAUUGCAUACUGCAAAAUGUGGUGAAACAAAGGGAGGGACAAUGGAGAGCACACUGGAAAGCAAUUUAACAAGCAUUGGAAAAUUAUAGGCAGCAAUUUUUCUGUAACUCACAGCCUUGCAAAUUGUUGUCACCCUCCUGAGAAAAGAACUUUAAGCAAGGUGCAGAAGUUGAGGUGACAGUUUUUGGGGAAUCCUUUCAGAGUGCCUGAGAUGGAAGUAGUUCUGCUGAGCGAGGUUAGUGCCAUUGAUUGUUCAUUAUUGCAUAUGUUUUGUGCCCAGUUUAGCGUUAAUUUUAUUUUCGCGUCUGCUACUGAGAAGAAUGCACAGAAGCGAGAUGCCGUUAUUUCUUUCGGCGGCUCCCUGGUACAUCACUGACUAGUAAAGCGAGUCUGAGAUUUUUCUGUUGUAGUUCAUCUAUGGGAGGAUUUCUGACUUAAAGAGAAACAAUACUCAACAUUAAAAAAGAAGGUUUAAGGUAACAUGUCAUGAUUACAGAUUUGGCCUGGUAGAGCCAGGUCUUAGAUACGCUGUUAUUAACCAGGUGCUUGAAAUCCCUAUUCUGGAAUUGUAACUUUAUGACUUGACUGUUGUCAGUUCAGACCCACUGUUUAACAUACGUACUUUCUGUGCAGAAGUUGAAACAAGCAAAAAAGUCCUAAAUUUUGAUAUUUCCUGAGAUGGGAGGGAUUGUGUUCUCCUUCCUUUUAGUUCAGUAAAAAUUGUCCAGAUGAAUUUUUCAGGUGAUUUUCUAGUUGCCUUAAUUGUGAAAUCUGUUAAAAUGAUGAAUGUUUAGUGUUACGUCUUUAUUCUGUAGUGUUCUGUACAGAUAUUACAUUAUCCUGUAGUUUACUGUAUUUCAACUCCAGUCAGGCUUUUUAGUCAGUCAUUGUUUCUAAUCUGAGCCUUUGUUUUUAAAAAAAAAUUCAAUGGGGGCCAUUACAGCAAGGCUAAACAGUGCAAGAACCACAGAAAACUAAACUUGUUUUCUCCCUAAAUCAUUCUAAAACUCCAGGAAGUCUGGGAGACUUGGUUCAGAAAUGCAGCCAAUGUUUUACAGAAGAGCAGUGUUUUCCUACAGCAAUGCCAGGUGAUGGUACCUGCAGUACAGUACAGUUCUCGUUCGUUCUACCCUUCCACCUCAGUGUGCCUGAGCAAGGAUCUUUUCCCCUCCUUAUUAAACCCCAGUGUUCCUGAAGAACAACUUCCCAGUAAACGUUGCCCCUCAUCUCUGAAAGUUCAUGAAUCCUAUCUCACCAUUUCUAAGAAGAAUCCAAAUAUAAGUCUUGAACCUGCCCAGUUUAUCAGAUUAGCUUGGGUCAGUUUUAAUUUCAGGUUUUUUUAAGUCUGUCUGUAUAAAAGGUAAGUUUAAAAAGUAUUGACACACAGAAAAAAGAUGUAGUUUAAGGUUCAGCUACAGAGGCUUUUGCUGCUUCACCUUAGUUGGAUUUCUGACUGUCAUUCACAUAGCUAAUGACACUCCUAGUAGUUUGUUGCUUUGCUUUUCUGGUGUGCAGCUGGUCCUCCCUUACGCUGAAUUUCAUGCUCAGAUGAGCGUUCUUUGAGUUUCUUUUAAAUUUUUUUUUUUUGAGAGAUGACUGACAUCUUUAGAGAGGUGACUGUUGCAGUUUUCACUUUUUCCUUGUGUGAAAGACAUGCAAGUAUGGUAUUUGUUAUUUAACCAUAUAGGUUAUCAUGAAUAUAAUUGAAUUUAUUAUGUAAAAUAGCAUUGCUAAUCUAAAGGGAUUUUCUAAUUGAAAUUUAGCAUAUCAGAAAGACUGGUGGGGAUUCACAGGAUUUAAUCACUUUUGAAUAUCCAUGACAACUUUAGCCUCAUUCUCGCUAAGAUAUUUUUUGCCUUUUGCUAUAUGAGAGACAAUUAGUGGUUUUAUGCAGCAUUAAUAGCAACAGGCCAUGCUGUCAGAUAUGUGAAAUUGUAUGUAUUUUAGAAUAUCUGCUGAUACUACGUUAGCAUAUUUUUAACUUGUUAUAGUAUGUAUACCUGGAAAAGGAGGGCUGUUUAACUCUUUACUUUGCAGGUGUUUACUUAAAGUAGGUAGACGCUUCUUCCCUGUGAGGGUGGUGAGGCCCUGGAACAGGCUGCCCAGAGAAGCUGUGGAUGCCCCAUCCCUGGAAGUGUUCAAGGCCAGGUUGGAUGGGGCUUGGAGCACCUGGUCUAGUGGAAGGUGCUCCUGCCCAUGGCAGGGGGGUUGGAACCAGAUGGUCUUUAAGGUCCUUUCCAACCCAAACCAUUCUAUGAUUAUAAGUACCGAGGAAAUUUUUACACUGAUUUAAAUCCGAAUUUGAGCACGAUAUGCAAAAUUCAGUUUUAAAUCAUUAUCUUGAAGUUGCUUGGAACUUUGAGUUGUACUUGAAAUGAGAGCAUUGUAAAAGAAACUUUAAUGAAAUAGCAGAUUUGUUAUGUGGGAGAGUUUAUAACUAAUCUUUAGUAUUAAGAGCUUGUGAAGUGUGACAUAAAAGCAGUAGACUAUAAAGAUGGGUGGGAUUUUACUUACAUCAUCUCCUCUGAGCCCUGUUCCCAGUGCAUAUUGUUGACUCUCUUCCAGAAAACGUACUUUAAUGUUGUAUACCCUGCUUCCAUAGUAGACAACCAAAACAUAUGGUUCAGCAUUUGAUUUCGUUGAACAAUCUCUAACCAAGAAUGUCUCAUCCUGUAUGACACAGAUUUGAAUUAUGGAUUGUAUGGUUAGUUCACAAAAAAGCCCCUGUAAGCUAUUCUGAACAGUUUCCAGACACUUCCUCCAAGAGUUUACAUCCCAGGUUUUGAGAUAAAUUGUACUUACAGUGUUUUCCAGUAACAGUGCCUUCUCUGCUUCAUGGCGAUCAUAAUCUCCAAUGUACCAUUCAUAUUUGUUUAAAUCCUUAAUUUUAAGACAGCAUAAUCAGUGUAUAGAAAUUAACCACAGCUGGCAGAAGCAAAAGGCAGUGCAAACAGAUUAUAUCUACUCUUCAUUUUUAGCAAAUUUAGCACAGUUUAUAAAAAUAAUUGCAAUGCGUCUAUAUCAAGACACCCUGUUAGGAAAUCUGAAUCAAAUUAGACAUGUAAAUUCUUAUCUGUGGUUUCAAGAACUCGUAUUGGUCUGUGUUCAUGGAUGCUCAAUACCCACAGCUUUCAGACCAUUUAACUUCUUGGAGAAAUACUUUCAGUAAACAGCAGUUGUUAUGUUAUAUGUGUGCCCUAUAGUGAUAAUGCAAUUUUCUAAAACCCGUCUCUUUAUGAAGCGAAGGGGUCUUUACCUUUUCAAUGGGUUGGGUAGGAGGUUGCAUUUCCCAUUCUAGAAGUGAAUGUUUUGAUUUGUUUCUGGGUGCUGUGUGUGGCGUCGGAGAUGGUGACCUCUUCACUGACAAAUUCUCUGCAUGUAACGUGGACCCUGUAAAAGUAAGUUCAGAAGGAAAAAAGCUGUAUUUUUAAAAUGGAAGUUAUAGUUUCAUUUUACCCUAUCACUUUUACUAAAUAAGUAUGAGAACAGCAUUUACAGCUUGGAAAUACAGUAUUGUGAUAUGAACCUUUAAAAUGAAGAGCUGUCAGUUAUGACUGGCCUUGCGCUAAUGCAGCACCAGUGCUUUCAGAUUCAUGCCCUAGGAGAUUUAACACAUUAGUUUCCUCAUGUUUUUCAACUGUCAUCACUCUGCCAGGUUCUUGAGCACAUAAGCAUGGCAAAAAAAUAUUCAAGAUAAGCUACUAGUAACAUAGCAAAUGCUAAAUAAAAUAAUAAAUAUGGGACUUUUGUAUUCUAGAAGUGUAACAGUUCAUUCUGUUCUUUCACCUUUUGUGUUGGAUUGGAGCUGUUGUUAUGUUGAAUCGUAUUAAAGCCCCUUGUCAUCCCAUUGCCAGCCAGCAUUGUUUCAUCCAAGCUGUUGAAAACUUAAAGGAUUCAGAUGCUGAUGAAUUUCAGUCAGCUCAGCGACUUGUUUCACUUAACGAAUUUAGGGCCAAGACGUGAGGUUGGUGUGGCAUUAAGGAGAAGAUGAAGGUGGUGGCUCCAGCUGCGUGUUCCAGCUCCGCGCUGCACUGCUGAGGAGGCAGCCGACUGAGAGAGCUUAGGUAGCUGAAAACCGUCCUCCCAAAGCAAAUGUGAUUACCGUCUGUAGAUUAGGGCUGCUGUUUCCCAGCUAGACCCAGCUCGCCAUGUCACUGGGGAGCUGUGUGGGUUCAGGGGAUGGGAUGGGAACGCAGAGUGUAGGGUAAUGUGGGAGGCUCGCGCUGAGCUCCAUGAGGAUGCAGCAGAAACAGCCUGGGAUAUGCAGUAGUGGACUUUCAGUGUAUACAUCAAAUGCACGUUGUAGGAGCACAGCAUGGGGGGAGAAUGGUUAAUUGAAGAUAAAAACCCAUCAUAUCCUGCUCUACAAAAGAAAGCAUUUUUGUUUGUUUCAUGCAAUGCCGGUGGGAGAAAUGACCAAGUGACUAUUGUUAGAGUAAAUGAGAAAAAUGUGGUUAUCAAUGGUUUGCAUCUUUUCCUUCUGGUUACUGUCACAAGAGACGGUAGUGUUUGCCAAAGCAGUAUUUCAUUACUUUUUAUCAAUUCUUCAUGCUUUAUCAGUUCAUUAUUUUUCUGUCCAUACAUCACGUAUGACAGAAUAUUGAAGAAAUUUGACUUGGGAGACAUUCUUUUACAGAAGAAUAGUAGUUUUCACUGUGUUUCACUGUUUCAUGCAUACAUGUACCAUGUUCUGGUUUAUAGCAGCAUUAUGUUUGUUUUUAAGAGAGUAAAAAACAUGCGCUGAUCUCAACACACAAACAGCUGUGGUCCAUUCAGGAAUUAAGUCACUGUUCAAAGGGUCUGUGACCAGACAUCUACACUGUGUUUCUGUAACCACUUUGAGUUGUCAAAGUGCAAGUAUGUCACUGUUCAGCUUAUUGCAUCCUGAUUUUGGCAUGUGUUCACAUUGCAUUUCUGGUGGCUAUCCCCAGAUAUUUUGUUUUUAAAAAGAGACCCCACAGCUAGGACCAUGUUUGCUUUGUGACUGGUGCUAUGUAUGUUCCGUAAUUUUUUUUCAGGUAUGUUUUAAACUGCGGGACAAGAAGUGGCAAAUGAUCUCGCAAUGCUCGUGGUCUGGGCCUGGUUAACAACAGCUCAACGAGAAAAUAAGAAGGUUUUAUAUUUUUUAAGAGGAAAACAUUGUUUUCAACAAUAAAAACUAAAACUAUCAGAGAGAAAUAUGUACUUACAUAGCGUAAAAAAGGAAAUUUGUAUAAAUUUAAUAAAAUUAGUAUUUCUUCUUUAAA